GUUUAUUACACUCCAUUUUUGUACGUAGUAUAAAAGGACGGGAGGGGUCUUAUUUGUUUUCACAGAAGAGUAGACAAUUUUUGGUAGCACCAUCUAUUUCACUUUAAAUUGAAAUGCUAUCCUUUCAUCUAGGUCCACAUAUAUUCAGGUAAGUUUGGGGAUGUACUAUUUUUUUAUACUGUUUUAUUUGUUUACUCAUAGUUCAAGCCGUACUUUGACUAAAGGAGGCUUUUUAGUAAAUUUUGAUGUUGGGAAAGGCUGGUAUUUCUUAUUUUUCAACAAUUUUUUGGUGCCACGCAGUUUUCAUAUUCCUUUCUUUUUAAUGUAUUUUAAACCCUGGUUAAGUGAGUCAGCUAUAAUUAGCGUUAAGAAAAAGCAUUUAUUUAUAUUUUUACUUUUGUCAUCUUCUGGAGGCUGUUGCAUAGAGGGAUAAAGCCAUUCCUGCCCAACCCUGAUAAAUGCUUCACUGGGGAAUUAACUGAGUAUGGAAACAACGCAGGGACUAAAAAGAUGCUGUUCAGCCUCCGUGGGAGGCUGAAAUUGAGAAAGGAAAUGGAGACAGACGGUCUGAGAAGAACGACUAAGACCUCAGAACAAAAAACGGCCAGUCCAGACAGCAAUGUAUAAGUUGUCAAACUGGCGCGAGGGAAUGACUCCCCACCUCUGACCUAGUGGACUUCCUGCACUAAGGAAGGGUACGGUGAGAGAGUUCCAGGGCAUGAAGGAGUGCCAUGCUGACCCCAUUCCCGCCCCUUCCAAAGUCCUUUGAGCGGCCGGAUGCUGCGGCGGAAACGGCGGGCAGCCUUGCGCAGACUUUCCGGUCAGUGAGACAGUCGGCUUCCGGUCAUGCCUUGGCCCUGCCCCGCCCCAGCCGCCGAAUCUGACGGCCUCCCAUUGGCUGUUUGGAGCUGAACUACAUUUCCCAGCAGGCCAUGGAGUUAGGGUGGCCGCACUUGGAGUGGUGCCAGUGCGUCGUGGAGGACUGCAGCCAGCUUACUGCUUUCUGUCUCCCAGGCACAGCCACAGAGAGGGCGCGGCUGCCGCCGGCUUGGCUUCUCUCCGCCCCUGAGAACUUCGCCGGCCAGCCACGAGCCUCGCUCUCUUAAAAGGAGACUGCUCGCUCUGAGCGGGGAGACCAGGCUUCCGCACCGGAAACAAGGCACCGGUCGUGACGCCACGGCUGCGGAGGCACCCGGCCUCCCAGAAGGCACCGCGUCAGGGUCGUCCUCCUCAACUGGCGGCGGCGCGCACGAAUAGUUGCCGGCGGUCCGUGGGGACACACCGAAGUGUGAGGGGAGGUCUUGGCCUCUGGCAUCUAGCUUUCCGGUCUCUCCCGGAGCCUGGCUUGGCUAUUUGGCAGAUUUCCUUCAGUAAGAGGUGGCUCCGGAAGCCCCCAGAAACCAGUGUGGUCUUUGGUUGCAAGGCAUGAUGACUGCAAAAGUAGUUCCUAUGCCUCCAAAGCCAAAGCAGUCCUUUAUACUAAGAGUUCCACCAGAUUCUAAGCUGGGCCAGGACCUACUUCGAGAUGCCACUAGUGGGCCCAAGACCAUCCACCAGCUAGUUCUGGAGCACUUCCUCACCUUCUUACCUAAGCCAAGCCUGGCCCAGCCCAGUCAGAAAGUCAAGGAGACUUUGGUUAUUAUGAAGGAUGUGAGCUCAAGCCUUCAGAACAGAGUGCAUCCUCAUCCUUUAGUGAAGCUUCUGCCCAGAGAAGGAGUCCAGCAGCAACAGGAGACACCUUCUCUGUGUUUGAAAGCUGACCUUGAGGAGUUGGCGGUCUUUGAGGAUUUGAAUGUAUUUCACUCCCAAGAAGAAUGUGUGAGCCUGGAUCCUGCUCAACAGUCUACCUCAGAGAAGGAAGACAGUGACGUUGGGGAGAUGACAUUACUGGCAGUCAAUGACAGUAAUCCUGGGAGUGAUGAACUUAAGGAACUAGUGGAGAAUGAAGAGAGUAAAGAAAAGUCUUUAGAUUGUGAUGAAAUGGAUUGUUCCUUGGUCUCUGAGCAACCUCCAGAUUGCCAGGAAGAAGAAAAACUAAAUACAUCUGUUCCAAAGAAAAGGAAAAUGAGAAAUCUUUUAGUUACCAUUGAAAAUGAUACCCCACUAGAGGAACUCUCAAAAUAUGUGGACAUCAAUGUUAUUGCACUUACUCAAAAUCGGAGAACAAGGAGAUGGUAUACUUGUCCAUUGUGUGGGAAACAAUUUAAUGAAAGUUCUUACCUUAUUUCCCACCAGAGGACUCAUACUGGAGAAAAACCAUAUGACUGUAGUCACUGUGGGAGAAGCUUCAACCAUAAAACAAACCUCAAUAAACAUGAGCGAAUCCAUACAGGAGAGAAACCUUAUUCCUGUUCUCAGUGUGGGAAAAACUUUCGUCAAAAUUCUCAUCGGAGUCGCCAUGAAGGAAUCCACAUAAGGGAGAAGAUAUUUAAGUGUCCAGAAUGUGGGAAAACCUUCCCCCAAAAUGAAGAAUUUGUGCUUCAUCUGCAGAGUCAUGAGGCUGAGAGGCCAUAUGGUUGCAAAAAAUGUGGGAGAAGAUUUGGUCGGUUGUCAAACUGUACCCGGCAUGAGAAAACCCACUCAGCAUGUAAGACUCGAAAGCAGAAAUGAUGUUAGGACACGUCUUAUGGUCCUAUCUGGACAUGAAAAGUUUCAUAAGGAAUUCUGAAUUCCCAGGCUGCCUAAAAAGAUACAGACAUGUGAAAACCUCAUUAUUGCCAAAAUUGGAUAAAUACCAAUCUUGGCUGAAACCUCAACUUGUUAGAAAAUUCACAGGGAAGGAAACAUCUUUAAGGGCUAUACCUCAGUUAGCAUCUAGGCUUUUUGAACUAAGGAACUAUCUUUUGUGAAGCACGAGAAUGUAUAGAUCACAGAUCCCUAUCCCAAAAAAGACUUUUAAUAUGAGCGUGGAGUCUGUUUACUUGCAAGCUGAACAGAGUGACUCAUGUCUAUUGAAAGUAUAUCCAUUUCCCCUUCCUCCAUGGGAAUUCAUACUUGAAAAGUAAUCAAAGGUCCUUAUCUGUAACUGUGUUUGCCUGAAAAAACCAAACUACUGAUUUGUUAAGCCAACAGCUUCUGAUAGCAAUUCAUAUAACCCUCUUAGAACACCUGUUAAGUCUUGAGUGUUGAAAGGAAUUGUUUACUUUAGAAUACAGGAAAACUACAGCAAUUGAAUGUCUCACUUUUAUUCCUAUGUGAUCUAACCUAAUGAUAAAUUUCAAUAACAUUUGCAAUUUGUGGUGAAAAUUGACUGCUUUACAGAAAUCCUUUCCACAACAUAAUUUAAAGGUGUCUGCUGUUCUUACUGUUUUGUUCAGCUGUUAAUUUCUCAAACGACUGUGUCAUGCCUCUCCCUUGUAGAAGGAAGUUUGGCCCAUCCAGCCCCACUACUAGAAAAGCUCUUCACAAUCUUGUCCCUCUGUUGAGCCUGGAUCUCAUGUGCUGGGAAGGAAACCCAAAGAGCCUGGAGAGGAGGGGCAGACCUACAGGCAGGAAAAAGUUGGCUUGCAUCCAUGUCUGGUCAAUAACCUACACCAUAUGCUUCAGUCUCCCCUUACAGAGUCAUCAGACCUUUGGCAAUGAGGUGGUCACUACCUCACAAGGUCUCUAGUGGUUAGAUCACGUCCUUUAAGAGACAGGAUUCCAAGUGUCUUCAUUGUAGUGGAUAUUUGUUGUCUUUGGCAUCCUGAUCCCCAGACCCUCCUGUACUCUGCCUAGAGGCAAGGCCAGCAGUGCUUUUAUGGAAUCAAUCCUGUGGCGUGAUUUAGGGAUUCUCGAUCAAUUUUUCUUGUUUUAGGUUUCCCAAAGUAUUUUGAUUGGAAUGUUGGAGUGGGUUAAUCCUAUAAACUAUUUCGGAAAAAUUAA